UCAACCGGCCUUACUGCAACAGCCGGCACGACACGGCGCCACGAGACCUGCAAAUGAGCUCGCCGACGGUGAUGUCGACCUUCCACGUUCCACGGGCCCUGUCAUCCUUGCAAGCCCCAGCCGCAGCUUACGCGAUACUAUAGCACCUUUUACGUGCCAAUGUCCUCCCAACUCCUUUGUCGCUCGCUGUCCCACAUGCCGACUUCGUGCGCACGCCGGCCCUGCAGCUGGUCUUGUAGGACGCACGCCUGGCAGGCUGGGGGCCUGCGCGUCCAGCUGUGAUGCUGGUGGGACAUACUACACCUAACAGGCUAGUGGUAUGCACAUCCAUCGGAUAUGCUGAAGCAACCGCAUAUAUCCAGUUCGGCUCCCUUAUCGUCAUACCGACGAAUAUCAUCUUCGCUGCCACAGCCCUCCAGCUCAAGACUAUCGUCGCGCCCUUGUUCCUGCACCGUACGAGCAGCAAGCUGCAGACGGUAGCCUGACCCUCAAGGUACUACGUUCCUCAAUCAAGCGCCUGCCACUGCUCUUGAGCACGACCUCUGGGCAUCCAGUCGUGCAACGAGGAGAACUCUUUUACAGCCGGCUUGGGGAGCUGUGCUUUUCCAACGGCCAACUUACUGUCUACCGCCACAACUCUGGCGGACUCCACCCAUCGUCGCCUGUCUCCUCCCUGGUGGCGAUUAACCUACCUUGUGUGCCUGAUACUGCUUCAAUGAUGCACUGCGCCGGCCCGUCGCGGAGGCGAAUUUGAGGUCGAGUACAUGAGUCAAGCUCAUAUUUAUCCAUAGGAUUGCUGCGCCCGACCCUCGCCAUUGUUCUGCGACCGGCCGUAGUUCACUACUCGUUCCUUCAGCCCAAGCGCUCUGCCUACGAGAUGUGUACGAUGCCGAGACCAGCGAGCGGCAAGCACGACAGUCCAUCCGACAUGCUUUGUCCCGUCUUGUACGAUACUCGGCGCAAAUCCUUUAGUGGUGCAGCAAUGGACGCAGCGGCCUCGGAUCGCCGGCCAGAGCGGAGAACGGUGCCUCUCAGGGCCUCGGGGAAGCGAGGACCCAGUUAUGCAUCGCUCCGAGAACCCGCGCACGGCUGUGUAUCGUGUCGAUCCGAGGGCCUCAGACGCAGACUAGGCUGUUGCGCCUCAUAUGUCGGUGGUACGAUCAAGCGUGCCCUGCGGAGCCACCGCAGAAGAACGCCGUUCGUCUCGGCCUCUUCGCACUCUUCGCCUCUCGUCUGGCCGUGGCGCAGAAUUCAAUCACGGAACCUGGUAAUCCUGCCGCUUGACAACACGUACGUAGGUUGCCGCCCUGUCGAAGACGUUGGCCUCUUUGUCCAUCCACGCCGGCAAGUCCUUUCUAUCACUCAUAAUAUGCACGAACGCAUUGUAGCCCUUUGGGCGUCGCACAGGUGGUCGCGAAUUCAGCUGUCACUCGUUUGGCGUCUGCGGACGUUCGCAGAAUCUCGCGCUAUAUAUCCUCGAUUUUCUAGCGCUGCAAAGGCCGACAUCCGUGGCACGGAAGGUCCAACCACUCAGGCGUCGUACUUGCGGCUCGUUGGAUUAUAUACUCGCCCUACGCCGUGAGUAUAUGGUAGUGCCGCCCGGGUGCUCGCCGGGUCCUGCCAUGUCGUUGACGCAGGAUCGUACAAAGGCAAAUUUAGUGGAUAUAUAAUGUACUAGUAGACGAGAAAUGAGAUACAUACCGUUGGUUACGG